AUGAAUGGUCAUUGUCCGGUCAUCCGUCUUCAGUGUGAAUACUGUGACUGCUCUGGCAUUUCAUGCCAAUCUCGAUUUCUAGGUUUGAAUGUGGAAUGGCCAGAACUAAAGGGAGUAAGUGCGCCUGAGGCAAAGAGAAAAAUAGAAAGGGACAAUCCACAUGUUACUUGUGUUAUAAUCCCUGAAGAUGUUAUGGUCUUAGCAGUCAAUUGUUGUAACCGUGUCCUUCUCCGUGUUCCAGUUGGGAAUUGUCCCAACGGUCCUGUUGUUAACACUCCUCGUAUUGGAUGA